AUGGUUGAAGUAUAUUAUCACGAUAAUAAAGACACACCAGAAGAUUUCACAGAGUCACAUAAUUCAGGAAUCCCUGUAACAUUUGAUAAAUUAUCAUCAAUUGGAGUAAUUUAUAAAAAAAUAACCACACAAGAAGAAUUAGAUAAAUUAGCUAAAGAAAGAGAUUAUAAAAACAGGGAUGAAAUAGAUUUAAAUUUAGCAUCUUUUAAUAAUGAUAUAGAAGCAUACAACAACAAAAUGACCACUUUUUAUAAAGAACAUUAUCAUGAAGAUGAAGAAAUUAGAUAUAUUGUAGAUGGAGAAGGUUAUUUUGACGUUAGAGAUCCUAAUGAUAAAUGGAUAAGAACAAAAUUGAACAAAUUUGAUUUGUUAAUUUUACCAGCUGGAAUAUAUCAUAGAUUUACUUUAACUAAUGAAAUAAAAUCUAUAAAAGCUGUUAGAUUGUUUAAAGAUGAACCUAAAUGGGAAGCCAUUAAUAGAGAUUCUGGUAGAAAUACUGAGGCUAGAACUAGUUAUGCUCAAAGUAUUGUUGUUUGA